AUGGCAUAUAGUAGUGCAUAUGUUUGUGUGACAGUUUUGUUCCUCAGCACUUGGAUCUCUUCACAGUUACUUCAGACCUGUCGACUCAUCCGCAGCACCUCAGACCUGCCUGUGCUAACCAGUGAAGGGGACAUCAUGCUUGGUGCUCUCUUUUCACUACACGAUACUGUGCUGGAAUCUCCUUCAUCUUUUACUGCAGAGCCACAUUCUACACAGUGCUCAGGGUUUAAUUUCCGUACCUUUAGAUGGAUGCAGACAAUGAUUUUUGCCAUAGAGGAGAUCAACAGAGAUAAAAGACUCCUAGCAAACCUAACUCUGGGUUAUCAGAUCUAUGAUUCAUGCAGUACCCCUUUCCACGCGCUCCGCACAGCCUUUGCCCUUAUGAAUGGGAAUGAAGAGGGCACAGGACAACCAGAGUGCCGAGGCAGGGUGCCUGUUGUCAUUGGUGAUGGAGGAUCCACAUUAUCCCUAGUGGUUGCACGCUUUCUCGGGGUUUUUCAUGUUCCACAAGUAAGCUAUUUCUCAAGCUGUGCAUGUCUCAGUAAUAAACUAGAGUUUCCUGCAUUUCUAAGGACUAUGCCCAGUGACUUUUUCCAAGUGGAUGCUCUGGCACAGCUGGUGCAACACUUUGGUUGGAGCUGGUUAGGUACAUUUGCAGGGGAUGAUGCUUAUGGCCGUGGUGGUGCUCAAAUUUUUAAUGAUGAGGUGACCAAACUAGGUGCAUGUAUUUCUUUUUAUGAAAUAAUCCCCAAAAACCAUGACCAAACAGAGAUGUCCAGGAUUGUAAAGAGGAUCCCUGAGUCAGGAACACAUGUGGUGCUGGUCUUUGCUCUAGAGCAAGAUGCAAGAGCUCUCUUUUGGGAGGCUCUUCAGCAAAACCUCACUGGUAUUCAAUGGUUGGCCAGCGAGGCCUGGAUCACAGCAGCAGUCCUCUCCACUCCUGAAUUUCACUCCAUCCUGCAGGGCUCCAUGGGCUUUGCCAUCCGCAGGGCUGAUAUACCUGGCCUGCAGCCUUUCCUGUUACGAUUACAUCCCUCGAAAUACCCACAGGACCCAUUUGUUCCGCAGUUUUGGCAGGAGAUGUUUAAGUGCUCUCUAGGUACAGGCAAUAAGAGCUCCUCUAUUAGACCCCCCUGUAAUGGCUCUGAAGUACUUGCCAAUACAGGUAACAUCUACUCAGAUGUAUCUCAGCUGAGAAUCUCUUAUAAUGUUUAUAAGGCAGUGUAUGCCAUUACACAUGCUCUGGAUUCAAUGCUGCACUGUGAACCAGGCAACGGACCUUUUGCUGGGGGAUUGUGCGCCAACUCCAGCAGCAUACAGCCAUGGCAGCUCCUGACUUAUUUAAAGCAUAUCCACUUCACUAAUGAUUUUGGUGAGGAGAGCAAGUUUGACAGCAAUGGAGAUCCUGUGGCCAUGUAUGAUCUCAUCAACUGGCAGCUCAUUGGCAAUGGAGAGGUGCGGUACGCCACUGUGGGGAGAUUUGAUGAAACAAUGCAGCCUAAACUAGUGAUUGAAGAAAAAAACAUAAUCUGGAAUGGAAACCAGAGACAAGUCCCUGUAUCAGUCUGCAGCACUAGCUGUCCUCCAGGCACUAGAAAGUCAACCAGACCAAACUUUCCUCUCUGCUGCUUUGACUGCAUUGUCUGUGCAGCUGGGGAGGUUAGCAAUCAGACAGAUGCCUUAGAAUGUGAAAAAUGCCUGCCUGAAUUCUGGUCCAAUGCUAGACGAGACACCUGCAUCCCGAAGCUGGUGGAGUUCCUUUCCUACAAUGAUACCAUGGGCAUCACUUUGCUAGCUGUGGCUCUGCUUGGAUCCUGUUUCACACUCGCAGUUGCUCUGAUAUUUGCCCUUAAACGUCACACACCACUAGUCAGAGCUAACAACUCCGAGCUCAGUUUCCUCAUUCUUAGCUCAUUGUGGCUUUGUUUUUUGUGUGCACUAGCCUUUAUUGGCCAGCCCACAUCAUGGUCUUGUGGGCUUCGACACAGUGUAUUUGGUAUUGCAUUCUCCCUCUGUCUGUCCUGCAUCCUUGGGAAGACUAUGGUGGUACUCAUGGCUUUCAGAGCCACUCUCCCUGGCACUAAUGUAAUGAAAUGGUUCGGCCCUCUACAGCAGCGAAGCAUUAUCUUCUUGUGUACAACAGUGCAAGUGGUGAUUUGCUGCACAUGGCUGAGUCUGGCACCUCCCGUCCCACGUAAGCUCAUGACUCAUGAAACUGCCCGGAUUAUUCUUUUGUGUGAUGUGGGCUCUCCAUUGGCCUUCUCCCUGGUGUUGGGCUACAUCGGCCUGCUUGCAGCUGUCUGCUUCCUGUUAGCCUUCUUUGCUCGAAAACUCCCAGAUAAUUUCAAUGAGGCUAAAUUUAUUACUUUCAGCAUGCUGAUCUUCUGUGCUGUGUGGAUUGCAUUUGUGCCAGCAUAUGUCAGCUCCCCGGGGAAAUACACCGUGGCCGUGGAGAUUUUUGCAAUUCUGGCCUCCAGUUAUGGCAUGCUGCUCUGUAUCUUCACUCCAAAAUGUUACAUUAUUUUGCUUAAACCUGAGAAAAAUACAAAGAGAUAUUUGAUGUCCAAAUCCAAUUCAGAAAGUAAAUAUUGAAGUUU